CUGGGAUUACAGGUGUGAGCCACUGCGCCCAGCCAUAAACUUUAUUUUUAAGAACAACUUUAUAUUUACAGAAAAACUGUGAUGAUAGUUUAGAAAGUUCACCUAUAUGCCACACCCAGUGUCCUUUAUUUUAAUAUGAUAAUAGGGUGCGUUUGUUGCCUUUGAUGGACCAAUGUUGAUACACUAUGAUUAACGAUGGUCCAGCUUUACUAGGCUUUCCUUAGUUUUACCUAAUGUCCUUUUUCUGCUCCAGGAUCCCAUUCAAGACACCACAUUACAAAUGAAAAUGUAUUUUCUGUCAUUUCUGGGACCAGGGACAGGUUGGGGAGGCAACACCGUGAAGCUGGGUUUCUGGCCCCCCAGGGACUUGGGGAGCGCUUGGCAAGGGCAUCAGGUUUGAUUUCAUGCAUCCUGAGUGUCUGUUCCACUCCCAGGUCUCCUUCAGUGUGUCCUCUGACUGGUCCCCUCUCUGGCAUCGGUUUCCUCAUCUGGAAAAUGAGGGCCUGGGGGAUGGUGGCUGGCGGCUGCAGGACACCCAUGCCCUCCUUCUUGGCCCAUUCCAGACUGCCUUUGGCCCUGAGUUAAAGAAGACCUGCCAAGUGUACCAAACCCUGGGCCAUGGACUUCCGCGGGAUGCACAGAAGCGCGCCCUCACUAUGUGCGAGCCUGUGGCAGCUCUGGCUGCUGUGUCAGUCAGCUCCCAGGCAGCUGCCAGCGGAGGCCAGGCUCUGGCCCACAGGCACAGCAGGUCCACCCUCCAAAGAUCCAAGGGAGUGAGAGAAGGAACAGAGGCAUCACUGAGAAGGUGAAGAUGAGGGGCCCUGUGCCCUCACCCCCCAAAAACCAGACUUUCCAUUUGAGAACAUUCAGGUUCUUCCUUGUUUUGAAGCCUUUGCAUCUGUUGUUCCCUCUACCAUCAAUGCCUUUCCCUUUUCUAGUUGUUUAACUCCUACCCACCCCUCAAGGCCCAAUGCAAAAGUCCCUUCUACUGGAUCCUAGCUGCUUCAGGGCCUACCUGUGUCAUGGCACGUAUCACCCUGAAUCGUAACAGCCACUUCUGUACCUGUGUCCCCAUCCAGACCUCAAGUUCCCUGAAGGCAGGAGUGGGUCUGACUCACCCUGUGAGGUUGCUGCAUACGCAUUAUCUCUCCUUUGCAUUAUUGGUUAAACGGGCGGGUGGAGGAAGGGAGGAUUGCUGCACGAACCUUUCCUAAGCUCCUGUUUACUGGCGCAUCCCUUCCACGCCGAUCCUCCGCAGUCCCUCUAUCCUGCCAGCGGCUCCUCCGUGGGGCAGGGGCGGCGGGAGCCACAGGGGCGUGCCCGAGAGCGGGUCGGGGCUGCGGAGAGAACGGGGCCGGGGGAGGGUGGGGGGCGGAACCCGACGGCUGCCUGCGGGUGAGCGGGGCGCGCAGAGCCGGUGGGCGGCCGCGACGGCAGCAGUGGCCCCCGCGAAUCGAGGGACCCAGGGACUCGCGCAGAUCGUGCGCGGCCACCUUGGUCCUGCCGGGGAGCUUUAUAUCCAACCGAGACAGCUGAGGUUCCCAAAACCCCAGCGACCCGUCGGGGUCUGGAGGGCGCUGGGGCCCGGCCUCCCAGCCCAGCCAGAGGUGCCCCGCCCCAAGCCUGGCGCACCUGGCCCCGCCCCGCCGGGACCCCGCCCCUGCCCCCGCCCUGAUCAGAGUCGAUUCCGCGCCGCGGCUGCAGCGACAGGUGCAGCAGAGCCGAGCCGGCCGCGCUCCGAACGGCACCUCCCGCCCCACCAUGGGCAACAGCGCGAGUCGCAGCGACUUCGAGUGGGUCUACACCGACCAGCCGCACACGCAGCGGCGCAAGGAGAUACUGGCCAAGUACCCGGCCAUCAAGGCCCUGAUGCGGCCGGACCCGCGCCUCAAGUGGGCGGUGCUGGCGCUGGUGCUGAUGCAGCUGCUGGCCUGCUGGCUGGUGCGCAGGCUGGCCUGGCGCUGGCUGCUCUUCUGGGCCUACGCCUUUGGAGGCUGCGUGAACCACUCGCUGACGCUGGCCAUCCACGACAUCUCACACAAUGCGGCCUUUGGCACGGGCUGCGCGGCGCGCAACCGCUGGCUGGCCGUGUUUGCCAAUUUGCCUGUGGGUGUGCCCUAUGCCGCCUCCUUCAAGAAGUACCACGUGGACCACCACCGCUACCUGGGUGGUGACGGGCUGGACGUGGAUGUGCCCACGCGUCUGGAGGGCUGGUUCUUCUGCACACCCGCCCGCAAGCUGCUCUGGCUGGUGCUGCAGCCCUUCUUCUACUCACUGCGGCCGCUCUGCGUCCACCCCAAGGCCGUGACCCGCAUGGAGGUGCUCAACACGCUGGUGCAGCUGGCGGCCGAUGUGGCCAUCUUUGCCCUCUGGGGGCUCAAGCCCAUGGUCUACCUGCUGGCCAGCUCCCUCCUGGGCCUGGGCCUGCACCCCAUCUCGGGCCACUUUGUGGCCGAGCACUACAUGUUCCUCAAGGGCCACGAGACCUACUCCUACUAUGGGCCCCUCAACUGGAUCACCUUCAACGUGGGCUACCACGUGGAGCACCACGACUUCCCCAGCAUCCCGGGCUACAGCCUGCCCCUGGUGCGGAAGAUGGCGCCCGAGUACUACGACCACCUGCCGCAGCACCACUCGUGGGUGAAGGUGCUCUGGGAUUUUGUGUUUGAGGACUCCCUGGGGCCCUACGCCAGGGUGAAGCGGGUGUACAGGCUGGCAAAGGACGGCCUGUGAGCCCGGGCUGCCUCCUGGUGGCGGUCAUCGUCCCCCACCGGCCCCUUGGCCUCACGCCCCAGCACUGAGGGGCUGCAUUUCCUUCCUGUAUCCUGGACUGCUGCCCUUGUCCCCGAGGAGUGUCCUGGGCAGCCACACCUGGCGACAGCAGUGUGGGCUUCAGGGCUCCACCUGCACGUGGAGUUGCCCUGGACCUUCAGUGUGGCUCUCCCUGUCUGGGCCUCACUGGGUGAGACCUGGCCCUGCCCCACCGUGACCUGCGUGCUCUGAGCCCACGGUCCCCACGGAGCUGACUUCUCUGGGGUGCCUGUGCCCUACAUUAAACCCAGCGUUUGUUUCACAGCC